CAAAAGGCCCCGCCCACUCCGCGGCGUGAUUCUUACAGUGCUCAACAACUCUCGAUUACUAUUGGGCCCCUUAGAAGAUGGUACUGCCUACCCUCUGAAGCUCUCCUCUUCUAUUGGCUGAGGCCAGGGAAAGAGGCAAAGGGGCUGCUCGCCAGGGUGCAGCGAAAUGAUGUUCCUCCGGCAACAAUAGACAGGAUUUUCAGAUCCUAGAGAGACGGAGAUCCUAGUCGUUGGAAAUGAAGGGUAGAAGGAAGGGCUGGGCUUGGCACGGGGCCGUGGGAAUUAUAGAGGGGCGAGGGCUUGAGUCCCGUAUUUUUCAUCUGGCCAUUACAUAGCCUUAGGGGAAGCAAGAGCAUCUCAGUAGAUGGGAGGGAUGAUUUCCGGGGAACCCAUGCACUGGCCCUGAGAAAAUCUUGUCCAAACAUCUGGGAAGACUCCUACUUGUUUUCCUGGAACUCUACAAUUUCUCGCCCCUCCCCAGCUUUCCCUCCCGCCGUUCCCUCGGCCUCGGAUACCCUUCCUCAACUGACAAACUCAUCUUCAGUGCCUAGCUCCAAGGUCCCCUUCGCAAAGAAGCCUUCCUGGAACACGCAGAACAGCCCUCUCUCCCUUCUCGACUACUCUGGCCCACGUCUGCUCCUGCAGAGUUGAGUGUCCGGGCUGUCUCUGGCUCCCCGAAAGCCGGAAAGGGGAAUCUGAGAGAUUACUUUCAGGUUAACCCAGGACAGCGCUGGCUCGCAGAAUAAAGCGCUGAUGGAGGAAUUCCAGGCGCUGGAUGGGCGGGAUCUCCGGGGACGCUUUCGCACGGAAAAUUCUCUGGUUCUUGAACAGGGCGGGCGGGCGGCGGGCCUAUACUUUGGGAAGAAUCGAACAUUCUUUUAAUCAACUCUGCGCCUCACCCUGCUCGGUUUUGUGUUUUGUUUUGUUUUGUUUGUUCUUCAUUUGUAAAAGAGGGAUGAAAGAUGACAUUCGCAUUCUCCGAGUUGUUCCAUCUGUUAAAAUUAUACAUCAAGCGCCUACUGUGAGAGCAACGAGAAUCAGUCUGGGUCCCUACCCUUGCUGGGCCCAGUCUAACAGAGAAGUUUACUCAGGAUGGUCAGGGAGUCCGGGUGACAGGCAAAAUACAGGACGCCCAUUUAAAUGUGAAUUUCAGAUAAACAAUGAGCAACGUUUUAGUAUAGCUAUGUCCCGUGUAAUAUUUGAGACAUACUAAAAAUAUAUUCGUUUAUCUAAAAUUCACACUCAACUAGGAGGACUGUAUUUCUAUUUGCUAAACUUGGUAGUUCUAUCGGGUCCUCUCUGAGGACGUUACAUCCUGAAGGAUGCAGGGGUUAACUAGACACAGAAGGUGUAAAAACUGUCCUAGGCAGCUGAGCAGCAUGUGCUAAGGCCCUAAGGCAGGACCUGAUAUAGUUAUUCUCAUCCCUGCUGUGGUGGUUGAAGUUAUUGUUACCAGGAAUCUCCUGCGCCCAGGCCUUCCCGGUCCCACGCCCAUCUCAGAUUCCAAACAGUUGGGGAAACCGUCUCCAAGGCGGAGAAUCCAGGCCCAGGGCGGGCGGGGACGAGACCCAGAAUACAGCAAGGGCGGGGACCAGGAGGAGAAUGCACGUUCGGUGCGGGCGGGGACGAACACCAGAUUGCGAGGUGGGCGGGCGAGAACGAAACCCAGAAAACAACACAGGCGGAGUCGAGAACCAGAGAACGACGUGCGCGGGGCCGAGAAGGAGAAUCGAGGUUCGGCGCGGGCGGGGACGAGAAGCAGCGCUCGGGCACGCGAGGACGGCGGCUGGCGCGGGCGGGCGCGGCCUUUGUCUCCUCCUCUGGCGCGCUCCGCCGCUGUACCGGCCCCAUGAGCCCGUGGCCCCCCGGAGCCUGGGCCGCCCGCAGCCCCUGACCUGACCUGCCCUCGCCAUGACCGAAGCCGCCUCUGGCGCCGGGGGAACGUCCCUGGAGGGCGAGCGUGGCAAGAGGCCCCCGCCGGAGGGCGAGCCUGCAGCCCCGGCGUCUGGAGUUCUGGAUAAGCUUUUUGGGAAGCGGCUCCUGCAGGUGGGUCGGUAUCUGGUGUCCCACAAGGCAUGGAUGAAGACGGUGCCCACAGAGAAUUGCGACGUAUUGAUGACCUUCCCAGACACGACCGAUGAUCACACUCUGCUAUGGCUGCUGAACCACAUCCGCGUGGGCAUCCCCGAGCUCAUCGUGCAAGUCCGCCACCACCGCCACACGCGUGCCUACGCCUUCUUCGUCACCGCCACGUAUGAGAGCCUACUCAGAGGGGCCGACGAGCUGGGUCUGCGCAAAGCAGUGAAGGCUGAGUUUGGCGGGGGCACCCGCGGAUUCUCCUGCGAGGAGGACUUCAUCUACGAGAAUGUGGAGAGUGAGCUGCGCUUCUUCACCUCCCAGGAGCGCCAGAGCAUCAUCCGCUUCUGGCUGCAGAACCUACGUGCCAAGCAGGGCGAGGCACUGCACAACGUGCGCUUUCUGGAAGACCAGCCAAUCAUCCCUGAACUGGCGGCCCGAGGGAUCAUCCAACAGGUGUUUCCAGUCCACGAGCAGCGCAUCCUGAACCGCCUCAUGAAGUCAUGGGUGCAGGCUGUGUGUGAAAACCAGCCUCUAGGUGUGGCCCAGGCUGGGGGAUGGGUGAGGGGUCCCAGGAGGCAGGCAGGGCUAACUGGGACCCCUCUAUCCCUGGCAGAUGAGAUCUGCGACUACUUUGGAGUCAAGAUUGCCAUGUACUUCGCCUGGCUGGGUUUCUACACAUCAGCAAUGGUGUACCCAGCUGUCUUUGGCUCUGUCCUGUACACAUUCACGGAGGCUGAUCAGACAAGCCGGGAUGUAUCCUGUGUGGUCUUUGCCCUCUUCAACGUGGUCUGGUCAACGCUGUUCCUGGAGGAGUGGAAACGGAGGGGGGCGGAGCUGGCCUAUAAGUGGGGAACGUUGGACUCACCUGGGGAAGCCGUGGAGGAGCCACGACCCCAGUUCAGGGGCGUGCGACGCAUCAGCCCCGUGACUCGGGCUGAAGAAUUCUACUACCCUCCCUGGAAGCGGCUGCUCUUCCAGCUGCUCGUGAGUCUCCCCCUGUGCCUCACCUGCCUGGCCUGCGUGUUCCUGCUCAUGCUCGGCUGCUUCCAGCUGCAGGAGCUGGUGCUGAGCGUGAAGGGACUGCCCCGUCUCGCCCGCUUCCUGCCAAAAGUCAUGCUAGCCCUGCUGGUCAGUGCAAGCGCAGAGGGCUACAAGAAGCUGGCUGUCUGGCUCAAUGACAUGGAGAAUUACCGGCUGGAGAGCGCCUACGAGAAGCACCUCAUUAUCAAGGUUGUCCUGUUCCAAUUCGUCAACUCAUACCUGAGCCUAUUCUAUAUUGGCUUCUACCUCAAAGACAUGGAGCGCCUGAAAGAGAUGCUGGCCACCCUGCUGAUCACCCGCCAGUUCCUCCAGAAUGUUCGGGAGGUGCUGCAGCCCCAUCUGUACCGGCGACUGGGCCGUGGCGAGCUUGGCCUGCGGGCCGCUUGGGAGCUGGCCCGUGCCCUACUUGGCCUGCUGAGCCUCCGGCGCCCUGCACUCCACCACCUCGAACCCCAGGCUGAAGAGGGUGGUGGUGGCAGCAGCAGUGGUGGGGGGCGCAGGUGUCUCAGCGGGGGCUGUGGGGCUCCUGAGGAGGAGGAGGAAGCCACAAUGGAGCGGCGGCCCGCGGGGGAAGGUGGGGAAAUAGGGGAUGGGCCUCGGGGGGGCAAGGAGGAGGAGGAGGAGGACGAGGAUGAGGAUGAGGAAGAGGAGGAUGAGGAUGAGGACGAAGGUGAAGAAGACGGCCUCCUGGACUGCGGGCUCCGACUGAAGAAGGUCAGCUUUGCUGAGCGAGGGUCUGGGCGGCGUCGACCUGGCCCAAGCCCAGAGGCCCUCCUGGAGGAGGGGAGCCCUACCAUGGUGGAGAAGGGGCUGGAACCAAGUGUGUUCACAUUGGCUGAGGAAGAUGAUGAGGCCGAAGGGACUCCCAGCAGCCCUGAGCGGGAACCCCCGGCUGUUCUGCUUCGCCGGGCCGGAGGCGAGGGCCGAGAUCAGGGGCCUGAUGGGGGCCCGGACCCAGAGCCAGGUUCGGGUGACUCAGCUCGGAGGCAGCGUCGGCAGAACAGGUCAUCUUGGAUCGACCCACCAGAGGAGGAACACUCACCCCAGCUCACCCAGGCCGAGCUGGAGAGCUGUAUGAAGAAAUAUGAGGACACGUUCCAGGACUACCAGGAGAUGUUUGUGCAGUUUGGCUACGUCGUGCUCUUCUCGUCUGCCUUCCCGCUGGCCGCCCUCUGCGCUCUGGUCAACAACCUCAUCGAGAUCCGCAGCGACGCCCUCAAGCUGUGCACGGGGCUGCAGCGGCCCUUUGGGCAGCGGGUGGAGAGCAUUGGCCAGUGGCAGAAGGUGAUGGAGGUCAUGGGUGUCCUAGCAAUCGUGGUCAACUGCUAUCUCAUUGGCCAGUGUGGGCAGCUGCAGCGCCUCUUCCCCUGGCUCAGCCCCGAGGCGGCCAUCGUGUCUGUGGUGGUGCUUGAGCACUUCGCUCUGCUCCUCAAGUACCUCAUCCACGUGGCCAUCCCCGACAUCCCAGGCUGGGUGGCUGAGGAGAUGGCCAAGCUGGAGUACCAGCGCCGGGAGGCAUUUAAGAGACAUGAGCGCCAGGCCCAGCACCGCUAUCAGCAGCAGCAGCGGCGGAGGCGGGAGGAGGAGGAGCGCCAGCGCCACGCGGAGCAUCACGCCCGGAGGGAGCGCGACACCAGUGGACGGGAGGAGGCUCGGGCUGAGGGCUCCGGGCAGGACCCGGCUGCCCCUGAGAAGGCCUCAGCCAAGGCCAAGGGCAGUGGGGCAGGCAGUCAUGGGCCAGAGCGGCCCAAGCGCCCAGGGUCCCUGCUGGCACCUAACAACGUCAUGAAGCUGAAGCAGAUCAUCCCACUGCAGAGCAAGUUCCUGUCAUCCGGGGCCGCGUCCUCACUGGCUAGCGUGGGGGCUGGCCUCACCGCCCGGCCGCCCCCUGCCCAGUCGCCCACGGGUAGCGACACCCGCCUGCCAGCUUUCCUCAGCUUCAAAUUCCUCAAGUCACCUGAGACCCGGCGGGACCCUGAGCGUAGCCACUCGCCACCCAAGGCCUUCCACGCCGGCAAGCUCUUCCCCUUCGGCGGGGCCCGGGCUGAGGCCGGGUCCAACGGGGCGGGCGGGCAGGCCCGGCAGGACGGGACCCCCGGCGGUGGCAGUGGCCGGGCCCAGCGGAGUGGGCCGGCGGACGAGGCUACAGCUGAGGAGCCGGACACACCCCGGCCCGAAGAGGAAGGCUCAGGGACAGCGCUGGCCCCCAUGGGCGCCCCCGCCCUCCGCACCCGCCGCAGCCGGAGCCCUGCGCCGCCGCCACAGCCGCCGCCAACACCGCUGCCCCGGCCCCCGACGCCACCCGCCGGCUGCUGGCAGUGGGACGGGCCGUGGGGCUGCGGGGGCGAGGGCACCGCCCCCCGCCAGGCUCCGGCCACCGCCGAGUGCCCGCCCUGCGCCCUCGCCGGGCCCCCGCCCGCCCCCCAGCCCCUGCCGGGGGACGCCAGCUUCUACAGCCUCCCACCGCCGCCGCCUCCCUCCUCCGAGCCCUCAGAGCCCCCGGCGCCUUCGCCCAGCCCCAGCCCCAGCCCCCAGGCCGUGUGCUGGCCCAGCGGCUGGCAUUAGCUCCACCCACCCUGCCUUCCUGUUUUCAUAUGCAAUAUCAACCACGGACCCGGGCGGCGGCUGCCUUCCAGAAAACGCUUCCGCCCAGCCAGAUGUACCCCAGUAUUGGCUGUCCCCUCCUGGGACAGCCCCUCCAGGGGCCCCUCUAUCUGCCGUUUCCCUUUCUACCAGGAUGGGGGAAAUGAAAGGAAAUCCCAAAAACACAACAGAAAACACACAGAAUAGGCGAUUAUUUAUUUGUUUUUAAUUUAUUUUGUCAUAUUUUUGUAAAACGGCAGAAAUGCAAUAAAAAGUAUAUUUCGACAGUG